UUAAUUGAUAUUUACUCAAAUUAAAAAAAAAAUUAAUUAAUUCUGUACCAAAUCAUUUCCCUUCAAUUUCGAUUACCACACAAAGUUAAAUUAUUUUUUGUUUUUCUGCAACUAUUAAAAAUUAAAAUACUAAAAAGGAAGUUUUGUUAUUCCAUGAAAUUUGAACUAAUUUUUGGAAUUCCCAGCUCGUAAACCUGUUAUGCAAACGUCUGUUUACACUAAUUAACAAAACAAUCAUUGCACUUGAUGAAUAAAAUAGGAGUCAUUAUGAAUGAGCAAGCAAGUUGCAAACCAAUUGGUUGUCAUUAUAAUGAUUUGAUAAGCUUUCGUUUCCGUAUUGACUGGAAUUGUCAUGAAACAAUCAGCAUGAUCAUCUCCACUGCUUCAAUAAUGUCAGGAACAAACCUGAAGAUCAGUCACCCACCAAACUUAGUCAAUAACAGAGAUAAGAACUUGCUCAGGCUAUGCUGUACCUGCCAAUCGCUUUCAAAUUACUUUUACUGUAUACCUUGACGAUGGAAUGAACUCGAGGGCAAUAGUGUUUUUAAUUUCCUGUACCACAUUAAGUACAAAGUAAUAAGCCAUAAGCUAAAUUUUUCAUGAAUAAAAGUUAAAUUAUCUAUUGAUAAUGGAUGUAAAGCAGGAAAACAUUGAUGUGAAAAAAGAAUCUCCUCAUUAUGGAAGUGUCAAUAAUGAAUUUAAAAAUGGAACAGAGAAAGAUGAAGAAGUCGGCUGGUGUUUUUGGAGAAAGCGUCGAUAUGUCGUCAGCAUCUUAGCAUUUUUUGGAUUUUUUACUUCCUAUAUUCUUCGAGUAAAUCUAAGUGUUGCAAUAGUUGCAAUGACUUCUAGUACAGCAGAGGUCAAGCCUGAAUUUGAAUGGGAUUCAAAGUUACAAGGAUUAGUUCUUAGUUCCUUUUUUUACGGAUAUAUUAGCACACAGCUUCUUGGUGGAUGGCUGAGUGCUCGAAUUGGAGGAAAAAGAGUGUUUGGUGGUGGUAUUGCUGUAACUGCAUUGUUGACGUUAAUCACUCCACCUUUAGUGAGAGUUAACGUUUACCUUCUUAUCGUACUUCGGAUCAUUGAAGGAAUUUUCGAAGGGGUGACGUAUCCUUGUAUCCACUCAAUUUGGGCAAAUUGGGCUCCACCUCUAGAAAGAUCAAAGCUUGCAACAUUAGCAUUUUCGGGAAGCUUCGUGGGAACAGUUUUUGCCAUGCCUGCCUGUGCUAUUAUGGCAGAACGUCUUGGCUGGCCUUCCGUUUUUUAUGUUUUUGGUAUUAUUGGCUUAAUAUGGUAUGCUCUUUGGUGCUAUAUUGUUACUGAUCGUCCAGAAGAUGAUUCAAGAAUUUCUGAAUCAGAGCUCAGGUAUAUUAAAAAAACGCUUGGUGAGAGUAAACAAGAGAAAAUUUCACAUCCUUGGAAAGAUAUUCUGACUUCACCACCUGUUUGGGCUAUUGUAGCAGCUCAUUUCAGUGAAAAUUGGGGAUAUUAUACGAUGCUUACUCAGUUGCCUAAGUAUAUGAGUGAUGUUCUAAACUUCAAAUUAGAAAAGUCAGGAUUUUUUUCGGCAGUUCCAUAUUUAGUAAUGGCAAUUGUAUUACCAAUUUCUGGUCAUUUAGCUGAUUAUCUUCGUUCAAAAAAAAUACUAACCACGACACAAGUGCGUAAACUAUAUACUUGUGCGGCAUUUAUGAGUCAAACAAUAUUUAUGACAAUUACUGCAUUUACUGGUACUGCAACUGGAGCAGUCAUAUGUCUUACAAUGGCUGUAGGUUUGGGCGGUUUCGCUUGGUCAGGAUUUAGUGUUAAUCAUUUAGAUAUAGCACCGCAGCAUGCAAGUGUUCUUAUGGGAUUAGGUAACACUGUUGCUACUCUUCCGGGUAUUUUGAGUCCUAUUAUUUCUGGUUACAUUGUUCAAAACGGAACUGCUGCUGAAUGGAGAAUUGUUUUAAUCAUCGCAGGAUCUGUUUAUCUUUUUGGUACAAUAGUUUAUGGACUUUGUGCUUCAGGAGAACGACAAAAAUGGGCUGAAGACCCGAAAAAGAAAGAUCUACGUGCAUAUAGUAAUCCCGCAUUGGAUGUAGAUUCUCAUUUAUAGAAAAAUAUUAAUUUAUAUUUCUAGAUUAUUUACGUAAACAUUAAUUUUUUAUUAGAAGUUUAUAACAGUUAAUUUAAAAAAAAAAACUUUAUUCCAAAAAAAUACUAU